GGAUCCUAAGCAUCUUGGGCGUUCCAGACCCGGGACAGAGUUCUCUCAUGGCCCUUGUAACGGGCUCACCCUGCGCUCUCCUGCGCUGCGUUGGUAGCGAGGAACAUUGCUCAAUGUUUUGUCACUGCGCUUUUCUUUCAAGUGGGGCGGCCUACUUGGUUCUCGAACCCGCUGCACUGCAAGACUUAGAGUAUUGACCGUUCUUAUCUCACUUCCACGUUGCUCGAUCUCUGUUGCCUGCGCUGUACGCUCCCUUUCCUGCGCCUUCCGCUAUGGUGACGAGUUGUCUGCCGGCUCUCCUCGGGAGAGAGACUUGAAUCUGUGAGGAGCAUCAGGAACCCGAGAACAGGAGGACCUCUCAUACACGCGGCGCGCCAUGGUGGUCACGGCAGAAGGCGGUGCGGCUUUCGCCCAACCGACAGACGGUCAGAUGGACGACGCACGGAGGGCUCGAGAGUUCUACCACUACUUUCAACCAGACAAUCUCUUCCAUCCUCACCUCCGCCGUCGCCCCUCGGUUCUCCAUGUCGCCAGCGAUGAGGUCCCUAAUCUAUGCAAGGCGCUCUCUCCCCUGUGCCAAUUGACAGCGCUUCGCUUGAAAGUCCGGAAAGCAAUGAUCAAUGUCAUGGAUCGCGACGUCAUGUAUUCCCUGAGUGAAGCCACCAAAAUCUCCACAGAUGAGGGCGAAGAGAUCUAUGAAUUUGUUGAAGAUCCUAUACUCUUGGACUGCAGCUCAGUACCGCUCAAGGGUAGAAUUUGUGAUAUGACCGUCCGGCUCGACAAUAAAGACCAAAACGAUGUACCGAAGUUCGUGAUCAACGACCUUGCCAAAUCCCAGUUCGCCCAUAUGGAAAUCAUCUCGGGGCCCCCAUACUACAGAUUUUAUGCAGGCGUGCCGGUCACAACAAGAGACGGGGUCAAUAUUGGCAGUCUCGCUGUUAUGGACACCCAACCUCGCCCAAACGGGUUGACCCCUGCCGAGGAGUCGUACCUUGCGUCGACCGCGCAACAGAUAAUGGUCUUUCUGGAGACCAACCGACAAGCGAUAGAAGGACGCCAGUCUCGCCGAAUGGCUGAAGGUCUUGAAGCCUUUAUUGCCGGUCGCAAAAGUAUCCACGGCGAGAAAGCAGGAUUCCUCCACAGUCCUCUUUUCAAGAAGAGGUCGAAGUUUGCUUAUGGCCUGUCAGUGCCUCUGGAAAAUGACCCAUCUCCACUACUAAAAUCGCCCGGUCAGGCUGAGUCCAGCUCUCGAAAUCAGACCACCGUCGCUCUCGAACACGCCGAAGAUCUCAGCACAUCGGAUUCCUCAGAUGCGGAUGACUUGAAUGGCAACUCCGAAACCGACGGUGAGUCAAGGACACACACGAAAACCUUUGCAAGAGCUGCGAAUCUGCUGCGAGAAUGCCUAGGAGAUCUGGGUGAAGAGGGCGCUGUCGCAUUUGUGACCGUGGGUGCUCGCUUGCGUAACCCAAAUAAAAAGAAUGGUAAUACUCAUGGCCAGGCUAUGGGGACAGUCAAGGGAGAGGCUCAGUCGUCGACAAAGUCCUCGUUUAUCGCAUACUCAACGCUUUCCAAUCCAGUCAUACCGGAAAAGGGGUUGGAUGAGAGGGUGAACGGUCUAGAUGGGGAUUUGCUGCAGGAUCUUAUCAAACGAUAUCCCGGUGGUCGCUUAUUCACUCUAGAAUGGAACGCAUCAUCCUCGUCUGAAGAUGAUAUAGAGUCGUCGGGCAGACUCAGGAGCCCCCCAAAUCAGUCGCGCAUGCACAGUCAUCGGAAACAGCUGGAAGUGAGGGCUAUCCGCACCGCCUUUCCUUGCGCGGGACAAGUCCUCUUCACGCCUCUGUGGGAUGCCACAACUGGAUCGUUUGCAUAUGGUUGCUUCGUCGCGACAGCUUUGGAGACACGAUCCUUCAACCCCUCCAUUGAAUUGCCCUUUCUCAACUCUUUCUGCAGUACACUGAUGGGCGAGUGCUCGCGGUUGGACACAAUGAUUGCCGAUAGGCAAAAAUCCGACUUCGUCGGCACGAUAUCUCACGAAAUGCGGAGCCCAUUACAUGGGUUGCUUGCCAGUGUCGAGUUCCUUGCUGAGACAGAUCUCUCCGGAUUUCAGAGAUCUCUUAUUUCUACCAUUGAUUCCUGUGGGCGAACGCUUCUGGAUACCAUCAACCACGUCCUGGAUUUCUCGAAAAUCAACUCGUUUCAAAAGCACUGGCAAGCUUCGAAUAAGAAACAUUCGCACGGAUCACGUCGCCAUAACUUUUUAGGCCCUGAUAAUUCUUCCAAGUCUAUAUCCCACGGCGCUCCUGCACUGCUGCAACUACUUGGCGUUAUAGACGUGUCGGCCGUGUUGGAGGAAGUCGUCGAUGGUUUGGUUCUUGGUUAUACAUACACAUCUGGAUUGGACCUAACGGAUAUGCCACGAGAUGCAUCAGGUCGAGCAAGGAGAGGACGGUCCGAAAACCACUGUGUCGACCCUGUGAAGAUCACAUUGGACGUGCAGAAAGCCGAUUGGACGUUCUUAACCCAGCCAGGGGCAGUCCGCCGCAUCAUCAUGAAUCUCACCGGAAACGCCAUCAAAUAUACAAGCCGGGGGACGAUCAAGGUGCGACUCCAACUGCAGACUUCCCAACAGGAAAAGGGCAACGACGUGAUGGUGUUGACGGUGGCGGAUACUGGAAAGGGUAUCUCGCAGGAGUUCUUAUCUACCAAGCUCUUUGUACCAUUUGCGCAAGAAAAUGCACUGGCCCCAGGAACUGGGCUUGGGUUGAGCAUUGUCCGCAGCAUCAUCCUGAUGCUGGGCGGUUCGAUUGACGUGAAAAGCAAAUUAAACGAAGGGACAACGGUGGAAGUUGUACUACCCAUCAAGAGACCUUUGCCGGGGCAGACUUCCACGCAGACCACUCCUUACUCUGACGGUGCCAGCGGCCUGAAUUCUACUGGCAGCUCCAAUGCCGACAAUUCUAUUUCUCUGUUGAGAGAUGAAUGGUCGGAAGCGGCGGUAACGUUCUGGCAGUCGGAACUGGAGCCAGACGGCGACCUCCCACGCAUCGUUGAGUCGUAUGUGCAGGACUGGUACAAUCUUCCAUUCCUGGACCAGCAACUUUGUGAUAGCUGCGCCGUUGUUAUUGCAGAGGAGGAGAACUUGGAACUUUUGCUCAACAGGUUGGUGGCGACGCCUGGGCGACGUCCAGCAUUGGUGGUAAUGUGCUCGGUUCUGUCCAGGCACAGCGUGGCACUGGUACAGUCACUGGAAGAACGCAUUUGCAGUGCUGUGGAAUUUGUUUCAGAGCCUUGUGGUCCUCACAAACUGGCUCGCAGCAUACGGCUGGCUCUCGAAAAGCAAGCGGCUGUGCGGUCACGAUUCUCGCUGGCGGUCAAUCAACAAGUCGUACUUCCGAACGUUGAUCUUGCAAGCAUGACUCCUGGUACAACGGAAACAGAGUCGGUGGUGGAAGACUUGGCUGAGAUGGACCUCAACUCGCCUGGUGAGACUGAUAACGCCAAGAUGGUCCAGGCAACCGAGACUUUCGCUGCGUCCCAAGCGAGCCACAAUGCGCAGAUGGCGAUCCAUGAUCCCAUAACCGCUCUGCGGACGCCGAGAAAUCAUGUCAGCGAAGGAGAAUCCUUCCCCUUCCCUUCGCACAGUCAAGAGAGCUCGAGGAUGCGUCGCGAGAGCGAUCGAUGGUCCAUUCACAUGAGCCCAAGCAACCCAGCCUCGCCCUAUGAAGCACCAAAUAUUCGCUCAAGGGCUCCCUCUCUACCACAGCCAGCCACUGGCAGAGUAGAUCCGCAUAUUCUCCUGGUGGACGAUAAUAAAAUCAAUCUGAAACUGCUCGAAACGUUCUUGAAGACAAAGAGAAAAUACGGCCGAAUCAAACAAGCAGAGGAUGGUCAGCAGGCCGUUGACGCCGUCCAAGCGGCCAAGGAGCCUUUCGACAUUAUCUUUAUGGAUAUUUCGAUGCCAGUGCUGGACGGAUUUGAGGCCACCCGUGCCAUUCGUCAGUUCGAAGACCUCCGCGGCUGUAAACCUGGUGCCAUGAUCAUCGCCUUGACUGGAUUGGCUAGUGCGAGAGACCAAAGUGAGGUUUUCAGCAGCGGAUGCGACAUAUAUAUGACGAAGCCUGUGAGCUUCAAAGAGGUCGGUAAACUUCUGAACAACUGGGAGGCCCAUAAAAAUAUCGACUCAACUUGAGGCGUAUGAUUUUCCAGCAUGGGCCUUCUCUUCUUGGUGAGAGACGCCAGAUGCGUCCCGGGACUUUCGCCUUCCUCCAGGUGGUGGAAGGGGCCUCAACCUCUUCACCCCCUGAGUCUUUUCAGGCGUUCUCAGCUCCACAGGUCCAGCCGCCAGAUGUGACUGCCCUUGCCUCAACGCAGAUCAAGCUGAUGAUGCUGGAGGCGGGUGUCACAACGCAGAAUAGGUGCCGAAAAAGAAAAAUGAGCGUGAAGUCCCAACAGCCUUUUUCCAUCUGGGGCAGUGUUCGUCGCUGCAACUAGGCGACAGAGAUACUUCUGCUACAAGCAGUUGUCAUGUGAGGGAUAUUCAAUGAGCCAUUGUAUGCGCCACUGUAUCGCCCGGACCCAGUGGAUUUAAUGCCAAGGUGAUGGUGCCAUCUUGUGCGAACAGACAAACAGAAAUUCGUGGUGGAUGCGAGCAUCGACGGGAUCGUGGCCUUCGAACGAGGCUUCAAAGCUAUGGGAACUGCAGGCAGACGAUUCUCGCAACAGUUGGCUGCAUCACUAACCCCCCAAGUGGCUGUCCAAAGCUGCCAUAGUGCAAUCAAAUCCAUGAUGUCCUACUUUCUCCACAUUCUCUGCUUUCAGCAUGUAUUGCUGGAAUGGCUCUGCGCCCGAUCCUAUAUCCGCAUGUUGACUGGUGCAUUCCAUCUACAGUGCACAUCUUUGCCAUCACGGUUUUUUUUUUAUGUAUAUCUAUGUAUUGUGGUGAAACCCCACUCGCUCAAGGCAAAACGAAUGCAGGAUGUACCAGGGAUGGCAACAGUACGUGCGCCCAGGCAACGGACAAGCGCAGAUCCGAGUUGAUCGAUUGACCCUAGCCUCUAAGGGAAGAGAAACGAACAGUUGAUACACAUUGCUCGUACAAGUAAAACUACAAGUAACCC